AUGAAGGAUGCACAAGAGAAGGACGUUCUUAAACGCGACGAUGGUGGAGAAACGACUUUGUCACGACCGAUCGAUGUAAUGAUCAAUGGCCAUUCAGGGUCAUGGCUUGUAGACAACGAUGAGAUCGUUCUUACCGAAACCGCCUCGAAUUUAUGUUUGCACGUGUACCUGUAUUCGUUUGUCUUGAAGUACGCUUCCAUUUCAGCCACCUACCAUCGGUUGGGGCGAUGCAUCAGUCGUCCCGUAAAGACGAUGCGCAUCCAAUUGCCGAAGAUCUUGUCGUGCUUCUCGUUUUCCGGUUGCAAAGAUGUAUAUAGUGCCCUUGGCGUUUUCAUGCCCAAAAGCCAGCUGCUGCGAGACUUCUUCAAGCGGCUUCGUCUUUUUCCCGGUUUUUCUUUGAGCAUCUUCUACGCAAAGCGGAAGCAGAAGAUUUGUCAACUGGCCCACGUUGUUUGUACUUUUGCAGAUUUCAGCAUUUGUAAAUUUUGGAUCGAAUUCAUCAAGCAAAAGAUUUCUGGUUUUGACAGACCAAAAAACCUUUUGAUAUUUGUUAACCCUUACGGUGGCCGCGGGCGUGGUUUGCGGAUAUACCAGCGUUCGGUAGAACCGCUUUUCAAAGUGUGUGACAUCAAAUGUACGCCAGUUAUCACAGAAAAUCCCGACCAUGCCCGCGAAGCUCUGACGACUAUGGAUCUUCGUUGUUACGAUGGGUAA